AUGGUCCAGACCAUUGUUGAGGUGCGGCGGAGUGGGGAGCUUGCAAAAUACACUCUUGCAACAACAAAUAGGAUUCUUGACGUUUAUGGGCCAAAUGGAGCAACAGGAUAUGAUAUUGGUUGUUCCUAUCAGGCAACCGUGAAUGCUAGCUCAAUCUCUGCUAAGGCAUGCUCCCAUCAACAUCAUGGUCUUGGUCUCAAGGACCUUGAGACGUGUGAGCGUGUCUUCUCAGGAUCGAACGCUGUUGCUCCAGUUAUCCGCCAUGCCUCUUACUUUCAUUGGCUCCAGUUCAUUGAUCUGCAUUUUUGGCAGUGGGAUGCUGAUAGAUAUCUUGAGCUAAGUAAAUUCUUGUACAAUAAUUAUAAACAAGCACUUGCGAUCAUCGAUGAUCUUACUCCCGCUGUUGAAGAGCUCAAGUUGGCGCUGAAGAUUACAGAUGCUGACUUUGAGCGCUGGAACACGGAAGAACUAGAAUUUUUGGAGAACGUGGCAGAAGAAUCUGAUGAAGACAUCGAGGCUAUGGCUUACGUAGAGGCGUUGGAAUCGCUGACGAGAGCCCAGUGA